AUGUUUACGCGUUUGAACGUAACAACAGCAUUUCUCGGGAGACGAAUUUGCAUUAAGAGAUUAGUUGCCGAAAGCAUGUCAGAGGUACGACGUUCAAUCAGAAUCCGGGACAAGUCCUCUAGAACAGAUGCUGAGGAUGAGGACGCCGACUCUCUAGGUCUGGUGCAUGCCGAUGACCGGAUCGACCUUGGAAGCGAGUCUGAAGAAGAUGAUGAUGAGGACGCGAAUGAGCGCGACGACGAAGAUUAUCAAGACACAGCUAUCAAGAAGCGAAAGAGAUCCGCUAGUGAAGCAGGAACAGAUUCUAGGCGGGGAGCAAAAAAGUCUCGACUUCCAAGCGCCAGCAGGGGCUCUAAAAGGAGUCGUGAGGCUUUCCAGCAAUUACAGCAAGACUUUGAACCAACGCAGCUUUUCCAGGCCUUAGCUGAAUCGGAGGACAUCUCUGUGGAGGAAACGGCCAACGAGUGGCUGGAUUUGUAUUCUGAAAGCAGAGAGAGGGCGCUUCAGGAGUUUAUCAAUUUUAUAUUGAACAGCUGUGGCUCCUUGGUCCAGGUUCAAGAACAUGACGUGACAUCCAACGAAACAGCGAAUGAAACGGUGGCAGAGAUUCAGCUGAUGUUUCAAAAGCAGGGUUUGCACGAGAAUCAUUUGCGAAUGAGCAAAACAAAUAAGAAACGCGCAAAAUUCAAACCGCUAUACCAAAAUUUUACUGAAUUUAUGCACAAAGUGAUGGAGCUUUCCAACGAACGUGGACUGCUUUACGAAGAAUCGCCGCGCGAAUCGGGAGAGUCCAACUCACUGAUACUCGACAUUUUGACGUGGUUAUCGUCAUUUUCUGUAAGCAAGCUGAGAUGUCUCAGACAUGCUGCUACUCUUUGCAUGUACUCUUUUCAAGAUUACCUUACAGAGUCGAGUGUGAUUCUAGAAAACAACUACUUAGUCAAGCUAAGGCGGCAAUUAAGCAUGGAACAAAAGAAGAAGAGAGCAAAUAAGAAGACAGCAGAAAAGCUAGAAAGUACUAUUGCUGAAAUCCAGGAAACGAAGAGUGCAGUCGAAAACAGCAUCGAUAACAUCAUCAAAUUAGCUUUUGUGCAUCGAUUCAAAGACGUUGACGAAGCAAUUAGGGCAGAUUCCAUUUCACAUUUAGCAACCUGGCUAGAAAACUACCCUGAAUAUUUCAUGAAAGUGACAUUUCUAAAGUACUUCGGAUGGCUUCUAUCCGAUUCCUCUGCAAUGGUGCGGCUUCAAGUCAUGAAGGUGCUUUCGGAAGUGGUGAAAUUUGACAUUAGGCGUAGUAAACACAAAGUGGGCAGCUCGGCAUUACGCCAGUUUUUUGAAAGAUUUAAGCAGCGGAUUCUUGAAAUCUGCAUCAAGGACGUGGAUAUGCAAGUUAGGCUUACAGCCAUCCAAGUCUUAACACAAAUAAAUUCGUUUGGCUACCUAGAAGACACCGAGAUAUCAAAAAUAUCAAGUUUAAUAUUUGAUUACCAGGAAAUCAACAUUGCCUCCUCCGCUAAACACGCGAAGUUUUUGGCAUCAGUUGCAAAGUUUUUUGCUACAGUACAGAAAGACAAAAUUGAUCAAGCUUUGGAAGCCCAUUCAUUUCCUAGGAAGCUGAGGGGACUAGAGCCCGAAGAUGUGGUUCGCGUCGGGUUUUUUAUGCGGUCCCUAAUUACAUCGCUAUCAGCUUACCUCAAAUACUCCCAGGAUGAUACCAGCGUUCAAGAAAGAACUCACCUUCUUUUCCAGGCCUCUGAAUUCUUACAGCCAUUCUUUGGAGAUUCCAUAAGCUCUAUGUGCAAACUACUACUAUAUGACGGCGAUCUGAGUGAGUUUGCCGAGAUAAGCGAGAAUGAUGACAGUAACGAAAAACUGCUUCUCCUUCCUGGCGAUGAAAAUAGCACAAUCCAGUUCAUGAUCGUCCUCAAUGGGCUAUGCCAUGGCGGCGUGAAUAAUAAAAGUGCGAAGAAAAGCGACGUCAUAUCCGCAGUUCUGCCUCACUUGGAGCAACUUUUUGCAACACUUCCACUGCACUCUGCGGUCAUAACGCAUCACCUCUUUGGCAUAUACAUGUUAUUCAGCUUUGAAGACUGGGGUUCUGCAGGCCUGGAAGGCGACUUCCAGAAGAUCACAGAGGUAAUCGUGAAAAAUUUCGACCGGAUGCAGUUUAGCAAUGACAAGGAUGACAUCAAACGUCUCUCUUAUGCAAAGCUGCUCCAGUUUCAUCAGCAACUCGAUCUGCCUAAUUUAAAUGAAGUGUGGAAGGAUCAAGUGGGUCAUGUUAGAAUACCUUUGCAGGUAUUUCUAGAAACGAGGGGCGACGACUUUGAGGGCCAAGGCCUCAAUGAGCUUUAUAGAACCGUUUUCGAAUCUUACGUUAACAAGCUGGUACUGCUCGGCAAGGUUGUUCCUUUGGAUUUCAGUAAAGAACUCAUGCAGCUAUUUUUUUCCAAAGUUGUUGGGAAGCUGCCGCAGGCCUUAGAGUUUCUGGAAAUGGAAACUUUAAAGAGCGUCGAUUUUAAAUUCGUGGCGCUAGUGGUCCUCUGGAAUCUUCAAAGAUGGUAUGAAAUCCUGCAGAAUACUUCAGACGCUAGUCCAAUAUCAAGAGGCGUCCUCGAUAUGGUGAUUGCCAUGGUGAAAGAGUUAAGCGCUAUUCUAGUUACUCUUGCCACAACCCAGUCUAGCACUUUGCAGGCUCGCUUGCACGUGGAAUGGAGGAUAUGUGAUGCUUUGGCUGAUAUUUUGACUGCUUUCAAAAUGUUCGAGCUUAACUUACCCGAGAAGGAUUAUGAAUGGAAGCACGUUGUGUCCCGUGAAUAUGCAGUUGCUGUUAAACGCGAUCUUGCCGAGGUUUUUCUAGAGGUUUUCCUCUACCUUGAAGGUUUGUGGGCCAAGGAGCUUGAUGUCCAGUUGGAUCGUUUUGAAAACGAAGAUGUGGAUCUAAACAACAUUUCAGAUCACACCUUUGAAGGUGCAGAGCAGGAACUGUUGGUAUACGUCGUUAAACUAAAGAGUCUUCUAAAGUUGGGGUUAAUUGAAGAUCCAGCGUUGGAAAAAAGAAUAUCUUUGAACAAAAGCAUACUGGGCCAAGAUUUCCAGUCUAUAAUUGAUGAGGACGCUUUUUCAACAGAACCAGGUCCUAAGAGAAGUCUGGCCUCCGCAAACCACGAGCGCCAAAUCUUCGAAAAUCGCGAACUUAACAGUCCUGAGGAAUUGGACCCCAUCCAGGAAUCAUCGGAUCCACCGGAGGUGCCGCGUUUGGCAGACCCGCACACCGCACAGGAAGACACAGAGCCCCAUGGAUACAGUUCUGAAUUUCUGUAG